AUGUCACUUCCUGCGCUGUUUCCUUCCCCAAAGCUCUUCAUACCAUCGAAGACAGCCGAUGUCGAGUAUGUCCUUCGAGGCAUCAUAUACUUGGGCAACUAUCACUUCACUGCCCGUUUGGUUGACGGAAGGGAUGGCGUGUGGCAAUAUGAUGGACGCAUCAACGGUGGUUUGCCUGCUGCGGACCUCCCUGCUUCACACUGUGUGGCAAACAACAUCUUCACCUCCUCUUCACUGUUGAACACUCACGGACCCAAUGAAGCCCACCUCCUUGUAUACGCCUUACGAGAACUUUGA